GUGGGCUCGUCGUCGUCCGAAAAUUCCGGUGUCUCGUUUUUCCCUUUGGUUCAAAGUUUCUACGGAAGCCCUUGAAAAAGUGCAAUUAAUCUCGCGAUUCGCCUCGGUUGCAGUUUCGCUUUCCCGUCUAAGAGCACUGCAGCAGUAGCUUUCGGUUUCCUCCGUUCCGAGUGCAAUUUGUGGAGCGGAUCGGUGUUGGUGGUGGUGCAAUUUUGAUGGCUGAUCAGCAAGCAGUUCCGGUCGCCGCGACGGUAACCGAAUUGAAACCGGACGCGGAGAAGAAUGGGGAGGUUCCCGUUGCCGGGACCGUAGACGGUGGGAAGGCGGCCAAGGCCAAAAAGAAAAAGAAGAACAAGCAGCAACAAUCGCAGGAAGGCCAGCAGGCUGGCGGAACUGAGACUGUGGCUGCGGUGGAUAAUAAUAGUGCGGUGUUCUCGACGGCUGCUGGUCAAGAGACCGAUGAAGCACCGUCCGGAUCAGGAAUGGCUCUUCCCGGAGCAGGUCAACUUCCUAGUCAGGACAUGUUGAUGAAUGUGAUCGAACAGCUGAAGUUGAGUUCGCUGAAGCCGGCGAAAACGCCGGAGGAGGCCCUAAAUAAAUCAUUUAAAUUCUGGUCCACCCAACCGGUUCCCAGAAUGGACGAAAAGAUUGCAGUGAACGAACCCAUCGAAGCGGACAAACAGAUAAACGAAAUACGCGAAGAACCGUACAGCCUGCCGGAGGGUUUCACGUGGGACACCAUGAACCUGGAAGAUCCGCUACAGCUCAAAGAACUGUACACGCUGCUGAACGAGAAUUACGUCGAAGAUGACGAUGCAAUGUUCCGGUUCGAUUAUCAGCCCACCUUCCUGAAAUGGGCUCUGCAACCACCCGGAUGGCGCGCCGAAUGGCACUGCGGAGUACGGGUCGUCAAAUCCGGCAGGCUAGUCGGAUUCAUUUCGGCCAUUCCCGGUACGCUGAAUGUUCACCAGAAGACCCAGAAAAUGGUAGAGAUUAACUUUUUGUGUGUGCACAAGAAGCUUCGCUCGAAGCGUCUGGCACCGGUGUUGAUCCGCGAGAUUACCAGAAGGGUCAAUCGAACCGGGAUUUUCCAAGCGGUUUACACGGCCGGAGUGGUUCUUCCGAAACCAGUUUCCUCCUGUCGCUACUGGCAUCGAUCACUGAAUCCGAAGAAGCUUGUCGAGGUAAAAUUCUCCCACCUAUCGCGCAACAUGACGAUGCAGCGAACGAUCAAACUGUACAAACUAUCGGACGCCCCUAAAACUCCCGGUUUCCGGAAGCUGCGCGAGUCGGACCUGAAAGCCACCCACCAACUGCUUGAACGCUACUUGCUCGGAUUCAAUCUGACGCCGGUGUUCGACGAGGAGGAAUUUCGCCACUGGUUCUUGCCGCAGGACGGCAUAAUCGAUUGCUUCAUCGUCGAAGAUCCGGCCACCGGCGAAAUCACCGACAUGGUCAGCUAUUACACGCUUCCGUCGACCGUGAUGCACCAUGCCGUGCACAAGUGCGUCAAGGCCGCGUAUAGUUUCUACAACGUGUCGACCAAAACACCGUGGCUGGACCUGAUUAACGAUGCGCUCAUUUCGGCGAAAAACCUCAAUUUUGAUGUGUUCAACGCACUGGAUCUGAUGGAGAACCGCAAGUUCCUGGUGCCGCUCAAGUUCGGCAUUGGCGAUGGCAAUUUGCAGUACUACCUGUACAACUGGCGCUGUCCGAGCAUGCAACCGGAGGAUGUUGGCUUGAUUUUGCUCUAAAUCGCGUUCGGAAAGUUGGUGGUGCAACAAUUAUUGACGGUUGAGGGCGGCUUCUUCGCAGUGCGCCGGGGCCUGGUUUCGAUUAUUUUCCUGUUUUUAGUAGGUACUUUAAAUGUUUUGCGCCAACAGCAGCAGCAGCAACGGGGACAGCGAGGACGAUGGAUUUUAGGGAUACAUAUAUUUCAAUAAUGUUUAGCAGUACAGGUACAUAUGUAUAAAUGGGACGCAUUAUACAUUUAUGUUACGAGCAAAAUGUAAUGAGUAAUGCGAAAGGAUGUUUCCUUCGGUAAACAUAACGUACACAAUAAUGAAGCCUAGUUCGUGUCUAUUUCUGAA